AUGGCGGCGGCCUCGCAGGAGAAGCAGCAGCAGCUGCCGACGUUUGGCGGCGCAGGGCGCCAAGAAGGUGAUCAACUCGGAGCUCUGGCACGCCUGCGCCGGCCCGCUCGUCUGCCUGCCGCAGCGCGGGAGCCUCGUCUACUACUUCCCCCAAGGCCACAGCGAGCAGGUGCGUCUCAAUCCUUCUUCUCCACGAACAGUCCUGCUCUGUUCAUCUGGUUUAGAUCACUUGACUCAAUCCAUGGAAUGCUCAAGUUUUUCUUGAUCUGGCAGGUUGCGGCGACCACCAAGAAGACGCCCAACUCCCGCAUCCCCAACUACCCGAGCCUGCCGUCGCAGCUGCUGUGCCAAGUCCACAACAUCACCAUGCAUGUAGGUGCACAUGGUUCAUCUUCAGGUUCAGGUGUAAUAGGGGCCGACAAGGACACCGAUGAGGUCUACGCACAGAUGACUCUGCAACCAGUGAACUCUGAAACCGACGUGUUCCCGAUCCCGUCUCUCGGCAGCUAUGCCAAGAGCAAGCAUCCAGCUGAGUACUUCUGCAAGAAUUUGACCGCGAGCGACACGAGCACGCAUGGCGGUUUCUCGGUGCCGCGAAGAGCUGCAGAGAAGCUGUUCCCACAGCUGGAUUACUCGAUGCAACCUCCGAAUCAGGAGCUUAUCGUCCGGGAUUUGCAUGAUAACAUGUGGACGUUUCGUCACAUUUAUCGUGGACAGCCGAAGCGACAUCUUCUAACGACUGGAUGGAGUCUGUUUGUCGGCGCGAAACGGCUUAAAGCAGGGGAUUCUGUCUUAUUUAUCAGAUUUCCACUCGGUGAAUUUGUGAGAAUCAAACGUCCCUUCCUGACAAAAGUUACUGGUUUCAGGGAUGAGAAGUCACAACUACUUGUGGGUGUUAGGCGUGCCACCAAUCAGCAAACGGCAUUGUCAUCAUCGGUUCUGUCCACUGAUAGUAUGCACAUAGGUGUUCUGGCUGCUGCAGCUCAUGCUGCAUCAAGUGGUAGUUCAUUUACCAUUUACUACAAUCCUAGGACGAGCCCAUCGCCGUUUGUGGUUCCUGUAGCAAGGUACAAUAAGGCCAACUAUAUCCAGCAAUCUGUUGGCAUGAGAAUGGCUAUGAUGUUUGAGACAGAGGAGUCAAGCAAGCGCAGAUACACUGGUACAAUUGUGGGAGUUAGCGACUCUGAUCCGAUGAGAUGGCCCAACUCCAAAUGGCGCAACUUGCAGAUUGAAUGGGAUGAACAUGGAUACGGAGAAAGACCCGAGCGUGUGAGCAUAUGGGACAUUGAAACUCCGGAGAACACUAUAGUGUUCCCUUCUGCAUCAUUGAAUUCGAAGCGACAAUGCCUGCCUGGUUAUGGAGUGCCUGGGCUAGAUAUUGCAUCUGUAAAUAUGUCACCAUUUCAGAGGGCACCUGGAAAUCCUUAUGGUAACUUGCAGCACAUGCCCGCCGUUGGAUCAGAAUUGGCUAUGAUGAUGUUUCUGAAUCAAUCUGGCCAAAACAUAGGGACUCCACUCAGUUGUCACCAGUCCUCUUAUUCUAGUAUUAUUCAAAAUGUCAAGCAAAACUACAUGCCUCCUUCAACAUUUGGUCAUCCCAUUGGUUCAAUAAAGCCAGAAAGCAUGCCUUCCAAUGAAGUCCAGCAGCAGCAGCAGUUGCAUGCUCCUAAGAUGCAGAGAGGCGACUCAGAAAGCUGUGAAGUUCAUCCUGCCACUGAUUCAGUUUCUGCGUCGGAGCUACAUGUUGCAGGAAGAGAGCCAAGAAACACAGAUAAAUAUCCAAGUCAAAGCAUUUCAGAGCAAAAUGGCAAGGGUGAGCCUAGAGUCAAGCCUCGGAGGAGCAAGAAAGGUUCAUCCCGCAAAACCAUUUCAGAGAAUUCUGAACUUUCUUCGGCACCUUCACAGAUUUGCGAUGACCAACUGCAUGUUUCAGAAGCAGAACUAAUCAGUUGUGACACCAAAAAUGUUAACUGUGGUAACAAUGAAGGUUCAUCUGGUGCACUUACUCAUGGUGAUUUUGCUGGACAGCUGCAGUGUCAGCAGGUCGAACAAAAUGAGCUGGUGUCACCACCAAAGUUGGAAUCAUCAAUAUCACCUGAUGGAGGGAAGUCAGUCAACUCAUUUCCCAACCAGGCGUCUUUUUCGCAGUUCUUCGAUGGUCUGGAUUGGAUGGUUCAGCCUCCCUAUUACCAAGACUCCAAUGGCAUUCAGUCAGUUAGUGCAUCAGAGAACAUCUUCAGUCCAUCUGCUAAUAUGGCUUCCACAAUAAAUACUGAUACUCUAGAAACUUUUCAGAACUCUUGCCUCUCAGACUGCUUCCCAAAUUCCAUACAAGACUUCGUCGGCAGCCCGGAUCUGCAUUCGCUAACAUUUCUGUCACCUGAGAUGCAAAAUCUGGAUGUGCACCACGACGGAAGCAACGUACCGAGCACAUCCAACUCAUAUGUACAAAUGAGCUUCUCUGAAGAUGAUAGUGGAAAUCACAUGGAAUCCAUGCAAAGAGGAAUGAAUAACAUCUCCUCAUGCUCUCAACCGCAGACUACCGAGGGCUUCAAUCUGGGGAUGUACUCAAAGUUGCCAAGUUUGAAGGAGUCUCAAGUUCUGUCUCUGCCAGAGAUCCAUAACAGUUCCAGGGGGACAUCGUCUUGCAGCAUGGAUGCGGCAGAGUACAGCAUCGACCGAAAUGCGAAGCCGAUGAAACCACCGGUGCGGACAUAUACAAAGGUUCAAAAGCUAGGAUCUGUUGGAAGAUCUAUUGACGUCACACGGUAUAGAGAUUACCGUGAGCUGAGAUCAGCCAUCGCCUCCAUGUUUGGACUCCAGGGGAAGCUUGAGCACCCUGCUAGUUCAGACUGGAAGCUCGUGUACGUCGACUACGAAAACGAUGUGCUUCUUGUCGGGGAUGAUCCAUGGGAGGAAUUCAUCAACUGCGUCCGAUGCAUCCGGAUCCUCUCACCUUCGGAAGUACAACAGAUGAGCGAGAACGGCAUGCAAGUCUUGAACGACUGCAUCCAAGCAGACCAGUAG